AUGUGGGUAGCUGAGGAGCUUGUCGCAUGCCUCGCAUGGAUUGUGGUUCCGGGGAAAACAACCAUGUUAAAUACCAUCGCUGGGAGAACAAUUGCACAGUCAGGGGAGAUAACUCUGAACCAACAGAAGCUCACCAAACUUUUGCGGCAAAGAAUGUGCUAUGUUCUGCAAGAUGAUCUCUUCUUCUCCAAGCUGACGCUGUGGGAGACACUCUAUUUUGCGGCCAUGAUCCACCUGCCUGACAAGAUGCCUCGCUCAGAAAAGUUGUCAAGAAUUGACCAGAUCAUUGCUGCCCUUGACCUUGAGGAUUGUAAGAAUACAGCUAUUGGAGAUCAGAUCCAGCGAGGUUUGUCUGGAGGGGAGAAAAAGAGAGCCAGCAUCGCGUGCCAGCUUCUAACGGAUCCUGACAUCAUGCUGCUAGAUGAGCCGACAUCAGGACUGGACUCCAGCACGGCCUACACGUUGAUGCAGCUGUUGAAGAAGUACACGGCGGAGAGCAACAAGGCCGUCAUCGUCACCAUCCACCAGCCAGCCAGCCAGAUCUUCCACAUGUUCAGCAGGCUUCUUCUGCUGGCCAAGGGCCAGGUUGCAUAUUUUGGGGCUGCAGAGAAGACUCUCGAUUUCUUUGAAGGAGUUGGUCUGAUCUGUGAACCUCACUACAACCCAGCGGACUUUAUACUGGAGACUGUGAAGAGGGAUGAAGCAACAAUGCAGACCAUAUUGAAAGCAGCUGAGGACAAGAGGUUCACAGAGGAAUGGCCGUUAGACCUGAGAUGGACUGCUGGAGACAGACACAAAACCCUCGAUGCUGGCUCUCUGUCCAUGAUAUACGAGUUUGAGACAGGCAGCCUUGAGGGUCAGAAUGGCUUUGUUCCUGGGUCAAACACUCAUGAUGGCGCUGUUGUGGCCAUCAACUACUCAAAGAGAGAUCUAGAAGAUGGACUUAAUGUGGAAUCUGUUAAAACCGAGGUUGUCUCCCCUGAAAGUACGUCGCGUUGGCCAACUUGUUUCUGGACUCAGUAUAAAAUGCUGAACUGGCGGACAUUCAAGCAAUCUCGGGGCCGCAUCCUGUCUAAGUACGCCAUUUCAAACGCCUUGAUCCUGGCCACCGUGGUGGGCAUCCUGUGGUUCCAGAUGGAGCGCACACACAAAAACAUCCGGGACAGGAUGGGCAUGAUUUUCUUCGUUGUGAUAUUCUGGGGUCUCUCUCCUGUCUUUGAUGGGAUAACAUCAUUCCCGUCCGAACGGCCAAUCAUUCUGAAGGAGAGGGCAGCAGGGUCGUAUCGACUGUCAGCUUACUACCUGGCCAAGAUGACCAGUGAGUUGCCGCUGGUCAUGAUCUUGCCGACCGUAGCAACCACCAUCAUCUACUGGAUGGCGGGGAUGAAGGGUGUGGGCGAGUACUUCGCAACGGUGGGGAUCAUCAUUCUUAACGCAUUGAAUGGACAGGGAAUUGGUCUGUUAAUUGGUGCCGGGAUCUGGAACAUGCAACUGGCCUUGACCGUCACAUCGACCUCCAUGCUCUCCAUGCUGCUCCUAGGAGGUUUCUACACCACUACAUUUCCACCCUGGUUGUUCUGGGCUCGAUACAUCUCGAUCUUCAGCCAUCCCUUCAGUGCCCUCUCCAUACUGGAGUUCUCUGACACUCCACCCAUUCCAUGUGCCAACGUGACGGUAACAGAGUACCCAAGAUGCGGACAGAACGGAACCGAGUUCAUCACAGCAGAGAUGCUGCUGAUCGACUCUGGCACAGUGCUGCCGAUAUACUUAUACAUACUGGCACUGCUUAUAUUCACUAUCAUGUUCAGGAUUGUUGGUUACUGGGUGCUCCGCUUCCGCAGCAAGCCCCACUGAUCCUUCAAAACGUAUUUGUUAUGAAAAUAUACCUUAGAAAAGAAGACUAGUUUUGAACAAAAUAAUGGGGCACUUUGGAAAUUCUGCCUUGUGUCUCUGAUAUGAAUAUUUUCAGGAAACUUUGCUCAUAUGUCUCAAGAGAUAUGUUGUACCUAUAGUUUCUGGUCAUGGUAUUCAGUUACCAUUAUAGCCGUCAUAUAUGUUUCCAUAACAUCUAGGAAUCUGACCAGGAGUCAACAACAGACAGACCCAUUGCCCGGUGUGAUCUUAAAACUGUUUGUUGACUGAUGUAGCCUGUACUCAACAUCAUUACAGUUUAUUUGGUUUUGUAACUCAUUCUGAAGAUCAUCACAGUUAAUUCGGUUUUGUUACUCAUACUUAUGAUAAUCUUAGUUCAUUGAUUGUCGUAAUUUAUACUUAUG